CACCAGCUUCAAGCUCACUAACUACUGAUCUAGUAUAACUGCCAGCUAAACAAUAAUCUCCCCGGCGCUGCAGCACUUCCAAUCUAUCUAUCGGAGUCUGUCUCGUUCAACCUCCACCAUCCCUCCCAUCUGAUCUCCAACUAACUGCGCAGUCCAUCUGCGCUCCUGCCAGCGCCAUGGUCGCGCCCGCUGUCCCUGAGAUAAUCGAGGAUGACGAUAUUUUCGCCGCCGUCGAUGCUCGCACGGAGUCGCUUCAGAACCUGAGGGAAUUGGGCCCGCCCGAUCUUGUGUACUUGGUGAAGCAACCGAAGACCAAUUCAACUCGUCAGACAGGAGUCUAUCACCAUGUUACUGGCGUUGAUGCCUCAUCGUCCGCAAGUCUAGCUGCCUACGUCAACACCUUGACCUUCUCGCCAUUGGAUAAGACACACAAGGUUGUUUCAGGAAUUUACUGUUGCUACAAUGCAUUCUCACACCUCGACAUGCGGGUGGAGGUCAAAAUCCCCGGUAGUCUGGAGAGUUACUGCAUCGAUGAGCGAGGAGACAAACGUGUGGCCACGGAUGCUCUCUGGCUCGAGACAUUCCUGUGCGGAGUUCUGCGAGCAUACCUGUAUGCCGAUGAUGGAAGCGGUGAUACUAUCAAGAAGAUCGUUGGCGUCCGCCGGUUCAAUCCUGUCACCAACACGGAAAUGGAACACAAGUUUCUGGACGCUGCUGAAAGACUAUUUUUUAUGGGGAGACAAUUGAGCUCCGAUCCUGAAACGCAGGUGCCUAACACCGUGAGCAACCACCUCACGUCGGGCCUCCUUAAAUAUAUCCAUACCACUGGCCGUUACACGUCAGGAAUCAACUUGUUUGAGAAGCUUCGCACGCGUGACGUCGAGGUCUCAUCCCUGCUGGCACGGGUGUUGAUCUCGUCGGACGAGGAAGUGCAGGCGGUCCGACUGAUGCAUGACGCGCUCCAGGAUGUACCCAUGGACUAUGCUUUGCUCGACUGUCAGGCUGCUUUCUGUCUGAGCAAAGGAGAGGGAGAGAUGGCGUUAGAAUGUGCAAAGCGCAGCGUCACCGCUGCUCCCAGCGAGUUCAGCACCUGGGCGCGGUUGGCCGAGGUUUAUGUGAGCCUCGAACAGUGGGACUUGGCUCUUUUGACAUUGAACUCGUGCCCCAUGUUCACUUAUCAGGACAAGGAUGCUCCACGGAUGCCUCCGCCGUCUCGAGUCAUGUUGCCUAUACUCGCUGAAAGCGUUCUGGAUGAGAUUGAUGAGGGUCAGCCGAAGCAGGGAGAGCCACACGAUUUCGUUCACCCCUCGUUGAGGAAACUUCAUGCCGCCACUUAUCAGGGAACCUUCCUUAAGGCCUACAAUCUGUUGACCAAGAUUGCGGCCGCAAUCGGUUGGGACCAACUGUUGAAGAUCCGGAGCGACGUGUUUGUCAUGGAAGAAGAAUAUCGUGUUGAACGUCAGCAUGUGCCGAAGCCUGGCCACUCUCGGAAUGCUAGCACUAUCGGUUUGCGCAACUCUGAGAGUGAAGACCGGCCCGUGAAUGGCAACGGUGCCGAGAACGGUGAUGGAUCAGAAUCCAAAGACGAGCUGGCAGAUGAGAAGACAAACGGAAACGGCGAGGUUAACCAAACUGAGCAAACCUCUAUCGAGAGACCAGAGCAGACCAUGGCUUCGGAGGUUGUAAAGUCCGGAAAUGAAGACCAUGACCCAUCGCAUUCAUCGUAUACACAGUUCAAGAACAAGCGUCUCUGCGAACGCUGGCUCGACAAUCUCUUCAUGGUCCUCUACGAGGACCUGCGCAUUUACACUAUUUGGCGAACAGAGAUGGCGCAAUCACGCCAGCAGGCCAUUGAUUACAAGAAAACAGCCACAGAGUGGGAGAUCCUGGGUGAGCUCGCCGAACGUCUGCACCACUUUGAUGAGGCGGUUGAAGCGUAUCGCCACUGUCUAUCCAUUCGAUUCUCACCCAAGGCGAUGCACGGUCUCCUGAAGCUAUACGAGCAGAAGAACGACACGAGAGGCAUGUUGGGUGCGCUUAUCAGGUUGAUUGCUUGGCAAUAUCGCUGGUACUCAGAGUUCUCUCCCGAGCUCCUGUAUUUGAUCCGCAAACUUAUCGAGGAAGAAGGCGCCGUCAAAGUUCGCAGUAUCGUCCAGGCAACCAAUCUCCCACAGCCUGUUCUCGACCUCACCCACCACUACUGUCAGCUGUGUGCGAUGUUCCGAAGCAGCGGAAGUGACGGUUAGACAUGGAGCGCAGUAGCAUCAACCCCUUCAUCCACCCGCUGAUACGUAUACGUCCUUCACAUAGAAGGUGAUCUGAAAUCAUUUUAUAAACAGAUCAUGUUGCGUUGAAGUGGGAGUGCAGUGCAAGGGAAACGAAAAGAAUCAAAAAAGGAAACGCUACUGAGAUCCGAUUCUCAGAGGGUUUGAGGAAAGUGUGUCAGAGGACAUCGAUAAGUAGUAGCAGCACUACGCUGUAGCGGGUGGCUUUCUUUAUACUCGUAUUAUACCAUACCUGAUACAAAUACCACUACAGCAUGUAUUUAAUUUCUCUUUUUGCUUGUACUAGGGUUUCAUUUCAAACAGGAGCACAAUAACGUCAUGCUAUUACAAUAGUGA